AGUGACCAACGGUUAAAGUUUAACAGACUUGGUAGUUUAUGCUGUUCCUGACGUUUCAGCAGUAACACAUGACAACGGAACAACUAAUGCUGCUCUCAGAAGAAAUUAUAAACAGGAUAUAUCAAACCCAAUAGUUUAUUACAGGACUACUGACUUAAUGCAGGGUUCUUCAUCCUGGUCCAGGAGACCCACAGGGUGUGUAGCCUUGUGUUCCAGCACAGAUUCAACUACCUGAUCGAGUCAACCAAUCAUCAAUCCCUUGGUUGGUUGAAUUGAAUGUUAUAAUAGCAAGUCCCUAGCUGCCCUGAGGAUUUAAAGACUCCCAGUUGGUGCAAACACAAGGUUGUAGUCUAGUUAUUGGACAUUGUGACAAAUAUGAUAAACAUAUUAUAAAACUUCAUUUUUAAUGCCAUUGAUUAAUCGUAUCUCUUCACAUUGUUUUAAUUGUCAUUCACCUACAUGGAAAAUCGGUUAGAUCUAUAUGCAUAGCCUACUACAGUAGGCCUGGGCAGCGUUGCGCUUUUAGCGAUUGUUCUAGGAAAGAAAUGGUUCCCCGCCCCUGAAGGUUACAGAGGAUUAACUCUUAUGACGUGCUCGGGUGCUCUGGAUGUCACUGAAUCCCAUUCAUGCCUGGAUGCUGUAGACUACAUGUACAGCCAUACGCGCAAAAGGCGUAUACCUUAACCAUAUCCCAGGUACGCAGACGUUUCUUUCCGCACACGUUUCUUUCCGUGUGUUUUAACUAGUUUUUAGUAAAUUUUGCUGUAGCAAGAACAAUGGGCUGCGCAAUAUCAGUGCUGGCACCGAAAACAGCUGGAGAGUGUAAGACGGAGGACGCUGUUGUGCAUCUCAGCAAGGAGCAGAUUGAGAUGAUCAAAGAGUCGUGGAAAGUUAUCGAGGAGGACAUUGCAAAAGUUGGAAUUAUUAUGUUUGUCAGGUUGUUUGAGACCCAUCCAGAAUGCAAAGAUGUAUUCUUCCUGUUCCGAGACGUGGAGGACCGUGACAGGUUACGGAUCAGCCGGGAGCUGAGGGCACACGGCCUACGAGUGAUGUCCUUUAUUGAGAAGAGUGUGGCCAGACUGGAACAGCUAGAGAGACUGGAGGUUCUGGCUGUGGAGCUGGGGAGGAGCCACUACCCUUACAACGCCCCGCCCAAAUACUACAGCUAUGUAGGAGCAGAAUUCAUCUGUGCUGUCCAACCCAUUCUCAAAGAGAGAUGGACCCCUGAGCUUGAGGAGGCGUGGAAGACCCUAUUCCUGUACCUAACCAGGCUUAUGAACCGAGGCUACCAGGAGAGGAACAGACAUCAGCAGGUGGGAGCCUCCCCCAAGGAGAGGAACAUAGCCUUAUAAGAGACCUGGCUGGCCUCAACUCAAGAGAUGGUUGAAGAAAGGGGGGGUUAAAAUCAAAACUAACAGUCAGUAUCAUGUGUGGCCACCAGCUGCAUUAAAUACUGCAGUGCAUCUCCUCAUGGACUGCUUAGCUGUGUAUAUAGUGUAUUUAUUACUUAUAGUGACCUUUUUCUACUUUGCUCAUGUGAUCAGCCUACAAUGUAAAGUCAAACUGUUCAUUCUUUAUUUUAUUUAAAAUCUAUUUCAGUCUUUAGAUCAACAAACCACUGCCAUAUUGUAAUUUAUUUUGAAAAAGAACCAGAUCAAUUUACAGUAACAUCAGCUGUAUUCCUCACAAAUGACAUUCUGAUAGUGACAUAAAUGGCAGAUGAAUUAUGUCAAAAGUGUCAGCCCUGCGUUUGUCACAUUCACUGGAAAGUAAUUAUAAUCCUUACAGAGCAUUUCCAUGGUUAGGUGUUGUGAUAGUUUUUAACCUCAAACACUAAUGUACAAGGUUCUCUCUGUAUCCAUAGAUCAAAUGCCUUUCAGCUGCCAGUAAAUAUACUAAAUCAUUAAGUUUCAAAAUACUUUCCCCUCACUCAAUAUUCCAUCAUGACAUAUCCAUCCCACAAAUUAGAACACAGGAAACAACGACACAUUUCUAAGUACCAAAGCAGCAUUGUGUCAGCUUACUUUGGGGCCCUUCCUCUACAGCUUGCCUUACAACUAUGAAUUUACCAACUUCAUUUAGUGGACAGACACAUGACUGUU